CUGAAACUAAGAGGCAGCAGAAGAAAAGGGUUUUAGUUUUCUUUGGUGGAGAGUGAAAGAGAGAGAGAGACAAGUAUGGCCGAGAAGCAAGUGAUGAUUGUGGCGGCGGACGAGAGUGAGCACAGCUUCUACGCCCUGCAGUGGACUCUGGAACACUUCUUCACGCCGUUCGGCUCCAACUUGCCGUUCAAGCUCGUCGUCGUCCACGCCAAGCCCGUAGCUUCCUCCGUCGUCAGUCUCGCCGGUCCCGGGGCUGCUGAGGUUCUGCCGAUUGUGGAUGCUGAUCUGAAGAAGCAGGCUUCUCGCGUUGUUGAGAAGGCCAAGGAAUUUUGUGCUUCUAAAUCGAUACAAGAUGUGGGCAUAGAGGUGAUAGAAGGCGAUGCAAGGAAUGUUUUAUGUGAGGCUGUGGAAAGACACCAUGCGUCCGUCUUGGUUGUGGGUAGUCAUGGCUAUGGAGCCAUCAAAAGGGUGGUUUUGGGAAGUGUAAGUGACUAUUGUGCUCAUCAUGCUCACUGCAGUGUUAUGAUCGUGAAGAAGCCUAAAGCCAAACACUAAAGCCUACUGGCUGAUUGCCUUCAGUUCGUUGUGUUUGUGAAAUCACUGUGCCUAGAAUAAAUUCGAUCACUCCAGUUCAAAUUGUUUGAUAGUUCAAACUCUAAAAUUUGGGAUUGGCUUGCAACAUAUAGUUGAGGAUUAUAGCUCAAACUUAUGUAUUAGCAAGUGAUGUUUGAAUUGCUGCACUAUAUCUAUUGUCAUAGUGAGUAUUGAUCUACAAUGUGAUGGCGUAA